AUGAGCCCGGCCCCCGCGCCCCACGUCCCCGCGCCGCCCCCGAGGCAUUGCGCGCGGCGAGCUGCCGCAGGGUGCGGACCGGCGCCCGCUCGACGCGCGCUCGUGUGGCCGAGCGCCGCGAGGACGGAUCGGCGGGCGACCUGCGUGCGCGCCAGGCGCCCCCCCGAGCCAGAGGAGGAGCAUCCGGCCGUGAAGGCGGUGUACGACGGGCUGAAGGGGGCGGCGUGGGCGCUCAGUGCCCUCGGAGACGCCGUGUCGGACCAGUCCGAGAGCUUCGUCGAGGCGCGCGAGGAACAGCAGCGCGCGCGCGAGCGCGAGGACCGUCUGCGCAGGGAGGCCACCACCGCGGACCCGGAGCUCGACCGCAAGUUCCUCACCCUCCUCCGCCAGCUCCAACCACCGGUCGAGCUCGGGCAGCCGCUGGAGGAGGUGGAGGAGCGGUUGGGACGCAACAAGGUGUUCCGCGCGGUGCCGGAGGGGCGGCGCGCGGCGCUGUACCUGACGUUCCAGGAGGUGCUGCAGGAGGUGGCGGAGGAGGAGCGGGAGCGCGCGGAGGCCGAGCGGGCCGCGGCGGAGCGGGCGCGGGCCGAGCGGGUGCGCGCUGCGGAAGACGCGUUCGUGCAGGCGAUGCGGGAGCUGCGGGGGGCGGAGCGCGUGCGGCCGGACACGCCGCUGAACGACAUCUGGGCGGCGAUCGGCGGCGCGCAGGAGCACCCGGAGGUGCCGGAGUCGCGGCAGUGGGAGCUGCUGAUUGAUUUCAGGGCGAAGGUGCCGCCGUUCGACGACAGCGUGGCGGGCGAGGACGCGGAGGCGGAGGCGGAGGCGGAGGUCGUGAACGCGGAGGCGGAGGCGGCUCUGGUGGAGGCGCUGCACGGGCUGUAUGCGCAGGGGCGCCUGGGUGACGACACGCCGCUGAACGACAUCUGGGAGGAGCUGGGGGGCGCCGAGGCGCACCCGGACGUGCCGACGAACCGGCAGUGGGUGAUCAUGGCGGAGUUCAGGGUCUCGCUGCUGUCGUGA